UACCUAACUAGCAGAUCUCUGUGAGUUCAAGUCCUGAGAACAGGCAACUUAGAAGACAGAAGGUUAAAACUGCAUCACCAAUCCCAAUUCAGUGUUACAGUCUGCAGGAUCAGCAGCACCAUGUAUAUUCCCUUUAGCAGUCCAUAGAUCGCAUGACGUAAAGUUAGAACAUUCAAACAAGCUCCCUGGAAAUCAAACUGUAUAUCAAGGAAAUCUUGUUUGUAUUUGUUGACAGAUUGAUAUGAUGGUUAAGAGUUGAUUAAGAUUAGGUUCUCACAAAAUAGUUCUGAGUUCAAGGGACACUUGGUAAGUUUUGAGGACUGAUGGAGGAGACAAAGAAUCCAGUAAACUGAUAUAUUGUCUGGUUCCAGGUAGUUUUGAGGAUGUCAAGUCUCAUCUCUUCACGACCUUUUGGUGCCGUCCUUAUAUCCAUGUCCUUUUCAUUCUGUUCAACAAUUUUUUUUUAAUUUUUUUUGUGUUAUCAUAUUCAACAAGAACCUCCCACGUCUAUCUAUUUCCAGGUGUGAUUCUCUUUAUUAUUCUCUUUAUUCACCCUCUACCACAUCUCAUUUCUCUCAACCUGCAGCCUAAAAUAAUUGAACAGUUAUCCUAAACAUAAACACAGUUAAGUCCCUUAAACUAAAUUAUUUCUUUAGAGGCUUACAAUCAUUCCCUUCAUGUGUCUUUUAAGUUUAAGACUAAGGCGUUAAUGAAAGGUUGCUGAAUAAAUUUAGUUCCAUAAUUGCUUGAUUUAGGUCCUAUAGGUGAGUUGUACUUGGCCCCCAUUACGAACUGGUCCCAAUUGGUUACAAGGAAUUGAGACCCUUUCAUAUGUUAAUAAUUGCAAAUAAUAAUAAAUUCAGAUGUUGUUACACAAGUGAAGUCAAUGUUUGUCUCAACAUUCUUCAUUGCUGCUGGGUAUAAAUAUGCCUUUUUAAUCCCUGUUUCCUUUCAAGCAUCGUCUAAUCGAGCUUCUGCCAGCAGUUAACUCACAAAAACACUAGAGAUUUCUCUGAUAGGUUACAGAAAAUAAACGAGAAAAAAAGAUGGAGCCUAUUGGAGCCACUGCGGAGGGAGAGUGGAGUUCUCUUAGUGGAAUGUACACAAGUGAGGAGGCUGAUUUCAUGGAACAGUUGCUUGUCAACUGUCCUCCUAAUCAGGUUGAUUCAAGUUCAAGCUUUGGAGUUCCAUCUAGUUUUUGGCCUAACCAUGAAUCAACAAUGAACAUGGAAGGGGCCAAUGAAUGUUUAUUGUAUUCUUUGGAUAUUGCUGAUACUAAUCUGUACCAUUUUUCACAAGUGAGCAGUGGUUAUAGUGGUGGUAGUAGCAUUCUUUUUCCCAACUCAAGUGGAGAAAGCUACUACCUGAGUGAUUCCCACCCAGUUUUGGCAAACACUAAUAGUUCCAUGUCAAUGGAUUUUUGCAUGGGAGACUCGUAUGUUGUUGAUGGCGAUGACUUCUCAAACCAAGAAUUGAGCAAUGGAAAUGUGGAAGAGUCUGGUGGAAACCAGACUGUAGCUGCUCUUCCUGAACCUGAAAGCAAUUUGCAACCCAAGAGAGAAUCAAAGAUGCCAGCAUCUGAACUACCCCUGGAAGAUAAAAGCAGAAAGCCACCUGAGAAUUCCAAGAAAAGAUCACGACGUACGGGAGAUGCCCAAAAGAACAAGAGGAAUGUAAGGUCAAAGAAGAGCCAGAAGGUUGCCUCGACUGGCAACAAUGAUGAAGAAAGCAAUGGUGGCCUUAAUGGUCCUGUCUCAAGCGGUUGCUGCUCAGAGGAUGAAUCCAAUGCCUCCCAGGAGCUCAAUGGAGGAGCGAGUUCAAGUUUGAGCUCAAAAGGGACAACAACUCUCAACUCAAGUGGCAAAACAAGAGCCAGUAAGGGGGCAGCCACUGAUCCCCAGAGCCUCUAUGCAAGGAAAAGAAGAGAAAGAAUAAAUGAGAGGCUGAGAAUUCUACAAAACCUUGUCCCCAAUGGAACAAAGGUUGACAUUAGCACAAUGCUUGAAGAGGCUGUCCAGUAUGUGAAGUUUUUGCAACUCCAAAUUAAGCUGCUAAGCUCUGAAGACCUGUGGAUGUAUGCUCCUAUCGCGUACAAUGGUAUGGACAUCGGUCUUGAUCAUCUGAAGCUUACCACACCAAGACGAUUGUAGAUGUUAAGAGGAGGGUGGUGAUUUUUUUAUUAUUUCUGUUAAUAGCAUAUGUGAUGAGAUUAAAAUAUAGUCAUUGCCACUUUGUAAUGGUUUUAUACUGUACGAGUAUAGAUAGGGUUUCGCUUAUAAAAUUAAUUCACGAGGAGUAAUCAUCGUGAGAAAUUCUUUCAUGUAGACACCUUGACAUGGUGAACACUAUCCGAGCAGAGUUUUUAUUCUUGAAUAUAAAAAAGUGUCCAUAACAACAUACAUGAACUUGUCCAUAGAACAGUCAUUCUCAGUUGGUGGCUUAACUUUUCAAUAUUAAAAUCUAAGAAUUUGCUGAUCUGUACUGGCAUAUGAUUUUUACCGA